AUGGUGCCAGAUGUGGAGAGGAUCAUCGAGAGCAUCGUCCAAGGAGACCAAGACUCUGUCCAGCUCUUGCUUGACAGCUACAACACUCAGAAGGACACCCGGGAAGAGAACAGUGAGGAGGAAGAGAAGGAGGAGGAUGUGGAGGUGUGUAGGAAGGAGGCCAUGAAAGUCUUGUGUAAGGUCAUCUACAACAGCUCUAAGGCACAGGAGAGGGCCAGCACACUAAGGCUUCUGCAAGGUCGGUGGGAGAGUGUGAAGCAGGGGAUCUCGAGUGGGGUGCUGUCCACUGGCCAGUUCUACAAGCUGAGAUUGUGUUUCUUACUGACAGCUCUGAGGCCUGAGCUCAGACUGCAGCUGCAGCAGGACUCUGCCGCCAAAGAGCUUCCGGCAGCCUACCUUGGCAGCCAGAAAUAUGGACAAGGCUCCCCUGAGUCUUCAUGCUCUGCUUCGUCUAUAGAUGAUAUGUUGGCUGGGUUCAGGAGCUCUUCAGAGUACUCCAACAAUAACCACCACCCAACAAUAUCCCAAUUCAGGAACAACAAAGUGAGAGAGUAUACUCCCGACUCUGAUUCCGACUUUGACUCAGAUGAUGAUGAACCUGAUCUUCUUCUCCGACAGCGUCUGGCAACAGUCCUGCUGUGCUUCAUCAGUAGUCAACUACAGCCAGCAGUGUUACGUGUUUGCCUGCAUACACUGCGUAUCCUUUCCCGUGACCGGCGGGCUCUAGGGCCCAUGGUCACUGAUAGUGCCCUUUUGACCUUGGUACAUCUGGGAGGCAUCAGCUUACUGCAGGACACCCGGGAAGAGAACAGUGAGGAGGAAGAGAAGGAGGAGGAUGUGGAGGUGUGUAGGAAGGAGGCCAUGAAAGUCUUGUGUAAUGUCAUCUACAACAGCUCUAAGGCACAGGAGAGGGCCAGCACACUAAGGCUUCUGCAAGGUCUGUGGGAGAGUGUGAAGCAGGGGAUCUCGAGUGGGGUGCUGUCCACUGGCCAGUUCUACAAGCUGAGAUUGCUGUUCUUACUGACAGCUCUGAGGCCUGAGCUCAGACUGCAGCUGCAGCAGGAGCAUGGAGUGUCAGUGCUGACCAAAGCACUGGAGCAGUGCCUGAAUGUCAGAUGGGGUGAUGGAUUUGAGGUGCUUCGUGACAGCACAGCUCCUCCCAUCUCCAAGGAGAUGUCCCAGGAGGUCAUUGAGAUACUCAAAACACUCUUUAACAUCGCCCACAUGCUCUACAGGCAGGAGCCAGAUGAGGAGGAUGCUGCUCUGUAUCGCCACCUAGCAGCUGUGCUGCGCCACUGCCUGCUGCUGUCCUGUGACGAAGAAGAUUUGUUAGAGGAACUCCAAGGACAUACAGUUAACAUCCUGUCAGCACUGCCACUGACAUGUCUGGAUGUCCUGCUAUCUGUCCGUGUGGAUCAGGCAUCCCACAAGUGGGAGGGCUUCAACAUGGACUGUGUCCACACAUUACUGCUGUUCAUGGACAGACGCCUGAACAGGGGGCAGAAGCUGAAGGAAAAACUAACGCCUGUACUGAAUCUGCUGACUGAGAGUUCUCGAGUACACAGGGAGACACGUCACUACUUACGGCAAAAGAUCUUACCCCCACUGAGGGAUGUUGCCAUCCGACCUGAGCAAGACACCACAUUGAGAGGCCAGCUGGUCCGCCUGAUGACCCACGUUGACACAGAUGUAAAGCACUGUGCAGCUGAGCUGCUCUUUGUGCUCUGCAAAGAGAAUGUCAGCCGCUUUGUCAAAUAUACGGGUUAUGGCAAUGCUGCCGGGCUCCUAGCAGCUCGGGGACUGUUGAAUGGCAGAAGAAAUUCUGGCGACAGCCAGUAUGCCUCCCGGUACUCCAGUGACUCUGACUCAGACACAGAGGAGUAUCAGCAGGCCAAAGCCAGGAUUAACCUGGUGACUGGCCGGGUGGAAGCAGAGCAGCCUGAUCCAAUGGAGGGUAUGACAGAGGAAGAGAAGGAGGAGGAGGCCCGUUGCCUAGUCAGCAUGAUCAACAGAUUAUCACGGUGAGUGUUUAAGGGUGGUAUUGCCCAUAAUGUCGG